UUCGCAUGGUAGUGAAUGGUUUUGAAGUAUAAGCAUCUCCCAGUAACAUUGCUUUUUAAAGAAAGAUGAGUCUUUUACCCCUGUAUCAAUAUAAAAUGCAUUUAUAUUUUAUCGAAGCCAUCGCUUGAAAGAAGUUGCAGAAUGAUCGCGUGUUUCCGAUAACGCUAACCAUCUGCAAGUCGCCUUAAUCUUGCUUGUACAUUUUUGCUGUUAUGGCUUGUAAUGAUGACUGGCAGAUGGCAGGACGUCGUAAAGGCGCUGGCCGAAGAGCAAAACACUCAUCCUAUACAAAAACAGACUAUCAUCGAGUCUCUGACUGCCAGGUGGAUACGCAAAGGAUAAUAAACGCAAUGAAUGAACUCAGAGGAGAAAACUUCUGGCUGGAAUGGAAAGAUCUCCUAUCGGAACGUCUUCUGUCUGGUGCUUCAGUGCGCACAGAGAAUAAUGAAGCUGUGUCUCUUCGGCACUGUGUGUGUUAUGGUUUGGGUAACUUUGGCUCCUGUGUAUCUGCCCGAUACCAGCUUGCAAUGUUGUUACUGCUUCUAGAGACACUUCAGAUUCCUGCGGACAGCUGUUGGGUGUAUGACCCUGUGUUUACUGUGUCAGAGUGCAAUGCUCUCAGAGAGCUCGGCAUCGUUGUGUUGACUGAAAAUGAGGAGGGAAAACGGGCAGUGUGUCAGCCUACCCUGUUUUAUCUGAUGCAUUGUGGGAAGGCUUUGUAUAACAACUUGCUGUGGAAAAACUGGACGCCUCAGACUUUGCCAAAGAUUGUUAUUAUUGGCAACAGUUUUCUUGGUAUUCAAGAGAGGAUGUUACAGAGAGAGUUUGAAAGAGAUUACAGCUUCCUUUCAAAUGUGAUCCGUGUGUGCGAGGAGACGUCUCUGCCCUGCUCACAACGAUUUCUGGAUGUGUUUAAUGACACGGCACUCAUUCAGUUCCCUCCUGAGAAUCUUAACAGAUUUGCGGAUUCAUUGUGGACCGAAUCUUCAGAACCACUGUACCAACAUUGUAAAGACCUUGAGAUCAUCCAGAAAGAAAAACACUGCUGAGAAAUAUUAAUAAAUGUGAUAAUGUUGUUAAA